AAACCCUUGUCUACCAAGUGCGAGACUUACUCUCUGCAAACACCCCAAAACCCAAUCCCCAAGUUAUAGUUAGAGAGAGAAAGUGGAUCUUAGAGAGAGAAAGUGGAGAUUAGCAGACCAAUUUUAGGUGUAAACAGGUGCAUCAUCCUAGAGAGAGAAAGUGAAAGGGAAAGGUAAAUAGAAGAGCGAGAAAAAGAUGGGAAUAUCAGGUGGUAUCGACGAUCUAUCAUCUGAAUCGAUCCCCAUACUGAUCAUGGCCACGGCCGCUCACUCUCUCUCAUACUUUCGGCACCUCCUCUGCAAUCUCCUCCGGAUCCUGAGCUUAGGGUUAGGGUUUCAUGAGAGAGGAGGAGGAGAGGGAGAAGAGGUGAGUGGAUUUGAGGGGGUGGGCUCGGGUCUGGCUGCGUUGAUCGUGUUGGCAGAGCAAUUGCAGAGCAGCAAGAGCAGGGCCUUCUUGUAUUAUCGAGGAGAUGCGAAAGAUGGCGAAGAGAGAGAGAGAGAUUGUGCUGUUUGUUUGUUGAAUUUAAGGGAGGGGGAGGAGGUGAGGAGGCUCUGGUGUGGGCAUUUGUUCCAUAGAAAGUGCUCUGAUGCCUGGUUUUACCGACAGAGAGGGGAUUGCCCUGUUUGCAGGUGUCCGGUAGUCGGCUUGGGUUCUGAUGAAAGACAAAGGGUGACGGCAAAAGAGAGACAAGUAUCCGGGGAGCUCUUCUCAUGGUUUUCGUCGUCCCCAGCCUCCCUCCGGCGUUAUCGGUGGUGACUCUCUCUCUCUAAACGGGGGGCCAUUGGUUUCUGAUUUCCUAUGAAGCUCUCUGUGUAUGAGCUGCUGUUCUCUUUCAUCUUUCAUUUUGUGUCUGUGUUGUGUGUUUUUGGGUGGUUUUUUGAGGGGCUGAUGCCUCUGCCCUUCGUUGUUUUUUGAAGGGCAUUUGGGGCCCUUUUUCACUUUGAACUGCUCUUCUAGGGUUUGUGUAUAAAACCACUCAGCCUGCAACUCUGUAAUAGGUAAUGGUGUAUAUUUUUUUUGGCCUUCAAAUAUAGGAAAAUCUCAUUAUUUAUGAAUAUAUUACACCUUCUCAA